UAAAAGAAGUGUUAAAACAAAUUAAACCAAUUCAUAAAUGGCUUAAAAGCAUUCAAUCAUUUUUUAGACUUCCAAAGCAGGUGCAGCAAUUGCAAAGUAUACAAAUACAAAUGAAUUCAAUAAAUGAAAACCAAGCUUAUGCCGAAGAUAAAAUAAUAAACCUACUUGAUGUUUUGACCAACU